AUGGAGGGGUGUGAGCAGGCAGCCUCGGAGCAGCAGAGGACAAACGGCUUCUCCGAGCCGCCGUCUCCCCAGGACACGCACAAUGUCAGGUGGUCUGGAGCGGAGAGAGAGUCCAGAGGCUCUGACAGCUCUGGGGGAGACAACCUGCCUGAAGUGAAGACAAGAGACAGCGAUGAUGAGGAUAGUGUGGGUAAAAGGAUCAAAGAGGAACACAAGACAAGAGAGGAGGAGGAGCCCGAGGAGAGAGAACAGAGGCCGGCUAUCAGCUCAUCAUCCAGCUACACAGACCUGUCUCACACGUCCUCUCCGUCACUGUCUGAACAGCUGCGUCUGGGCAAAGAGGACAGCGCGGCGUCCAGUAUCAGCGUGGAGUGUAAGGUCUGUGGAGACAAGGCGUCUGGUUUCCACUAUGGCGUACAUGCAUGUGAGGGCUGCAAGGGCUUUUUUCGGAGAACUGUGAGGAUGAAAUUGGAGUAUGAGCGCUGUGAACGUUCCUGCAAGAUCCAGAAAAAGAACCGUAACAAGUGCCAAUACUGUCGUUUCCAGAAGUGCCUUUCUUUAGGGAUGUCUCAUGAUGCCAUCCGAUAUGGACGUAUGCCUGAAGCAGAGAAGAAGAAGCUAGUGGCCGGUCUCUUGGCUGAGGAGUUGACCCUCAAACCCGGGGGUUCUGAUCUCAAGACUUUGGCCAAACAAGUGAACACGGCCUACCAGAAGAACCUGAGCAUGACCAAGAAGAGGGCGCGCAGUAUCCUCAUGGGCAAAACCAGCAGCACCUCACCAUUUGUGAUUUACGAUGUUGACACGCUGUGGAAGGCAGAGAGUGGGCUGGUAUGGAGCCAGUUAGUUCCAGGUGCUCCCUUAACAAAGGAAAUCGGGGUCCAUGUGUUUUAUCGCUGUCAGUGCACUACAGUGGAGACUGUGCGGGAGCUCACAGAGUUUGCCAAGUCCAUUCCUGGUUUUGUGGACCUUUAUCUUAAUGACCAGGUAACCUUGCUCAAGUAUGGUGUGCACGAGGCAAUUUUUGCCAUGCUGCCAUCUCUUAUGAACAAAGAUGGACUACUGGUGGCCAGUGGGAAAGGAUUCGUUACCAGGGAGUUUCUGCGGAGUCUGAGAAAGCCAUUCAGUGACAUUAUGGAGCCUAAAUUUGAAUUUGCUGUGAAGUUCAACGCCCUGGAGCUGGAUGACAGUGACCUGGCCUUAUUUGUUGCUGCCAUCAUUCUCUGUGGAGAUCGUCCUGGGCUGAUGAAUGUGAAACAAGUGGAGCAGAGUCAGGACAACAUCCUGCAGGCGCUAGACCUCCAUCUUCAGGCCAACCACUCAGACUCUCUCUACCUCUUUCCCAAACUGCUUCAGAAGAUGGCCGACCUUCGACAGCUGGUCACAGAAAACGCUCAACUCGUCCAAAAGAUCAAAAAAACAGAGUCUGAGGCAUCACUUCACCCGCUACUUCAGGAGAUCUACAAAGACAUGUAUUAG